AUGGCUCCAAGAAAAGACGCCCAGCUGAAGGUGCUGGAAAAGCCUGGCGAACAUACCCAUUCCCAUGGAUCCAAGCCAGAAACUGCUGCUCACGAACAUGGCCAUGGCCAUGAACAUGAACAUGAACACUCACACGAUCACGACCAUGGAGGAGUGUUCCACUCACACAGCCAUUCACAGCCCAACGAGCUUUUGGGUAAAGGGUUCACGACCAACCCGGCAGUGAGAAUUACGUGGAUCGGGCUUCUUGUCAACGUGGCCAUGGCAGGGUCCAAGGCUGUAGGUGGCGUGGUGUUCCAUUCACAGGCGCUUAUUGCUGAUGCUAUUCAUUCGCUUUCAGAUAUGGUUGCUGACUUUCUAACGUUGGCUACGGUCAAUGUGGCGCUGAAGGAGGGCACUACCACCAAGUUCCCGAUGGGCUACGGCAAAAUUGAAGCUGUGGGCACGUUUUUGGUUAGUGGUGUACUUUUGGCUGCUGGUAUCUCGGUCGGCUGGACCUCUUUGCUCCAGAUUCUCGAGUAUACCAUUCCAGCACUGGCUUUUGAAUGGGUAGCACUGGUGCCUAUCCAUGGACAUAGCCAUGGCGUGUUGGAGGGCGGCGGCGAAGGCCACAGCCAUUCACAUGUAUCUGGAGAGCCCCAGUUGCCUAAUAUCAACGCAGCUUGGCUCGCUUUGGGCUCUAUUGGAGUGAAAGAGGUUCUUUACAGGAAAACUAUGGCCGUGGCUGACCAGACAAACUCGAAGGUGCUUGUGGCGAACGCUUGGCAUCACAGAGUGGAUUCGUUGACAGCAGGUGUAGCGUUUGUCACUGUGAUGGGCGGCGUUCUUUUCGACUUGGCCUGGUUAGACGCUGUAGGCGGUGGCCUUGUGUCUAUUUUGAUUAUCCACGCCGGCUGGGGCUCGUUCAAAGAAGCCUGGUAUGAGCUCGUCGACCGUUCUGACCCUCCUGCCCUGGAGCACUACCAACAGAUCAGACAGAUUGUGGAGAACGAAGUGGCUUCUGCAGCUCAGAACGUGGACCAGCGCUUUACCGUGAAGGAUCUUUCUGUGUUGAGUGCUGGCGCCCGUUUCAACCUUAUUUUGCACCUUACCCUGGAUAGCAAUGUGCCCUUGCAAGAAAUCAUUGAUUUCGAAAGAGAAUUGCUCGAUGGCAUCAGACAGUCAAACCGCUACGUGGGCAAGGUGUUCGUUGAAUAUGACCUCAAGUAA